AUGCCAGGGACGCUUUUGCCCCCGAGAUCACACCGGCAGCACGCACAGAUGGAUCGAACAUCUGCGUCCCGGCCGGACUUCUAUUUGAUUACCGACCAGGACACUGUGUACGAACAAGAUCUGCUGCGUGAUGCCGGUAGUGUUAAGCCAUGGCUUGCCUAUAUCGAAUACAAGCAGCAACAUGGCACGCUUUAUGAACAAGCCUUUGUUAUGGAACGCGCUUGCCGACAAUUGCCGCGAUCAUACAAGCUAUGGAAAAUGUACUUGGAGUUCCGGACGAAGCAUUUGAAGGGUCGGAACCCCACCGUCUACCGCGCCGAGUACCUCAAAGUCAAUGCUCUUUUUGAACGAGCCCUGAUUCUUCUGAACAAGAUGCCUCGCAUCUGGGAGAUGUACCUUUCCUUCCUGCUUCUUCAGCCCUUAGUGACACAGACGCGGCGAACAUUCGAUCGCGCCCUACGCGCCCUGCCAGUCACCCAGCAUAACCGCAUUUGGAGACUUUACAAGGGCUUUGCACGGUCUGCUUCUGGACAAACUGCCGUAAAGAUUUGGGCUCGGUACAUGCAGAUCCAUCCGGAGAAUGCGGAAGAUUACAUUGAGCUUCUGACCGAGAUGGGCCAAUAUACGGACGCUGUCAAGGUCUUCAUGGACAUUUUGGACAACCCGCGAUUCCAAUCCAAGAAUGGCAAGAGUAACUUCCAGCUGUGGACCGAGAUGGUUGAUCUCUUGGUCUCAAAGGCCAAGAAGAUCGAGACUGGGCCUCAAGUAGGAAUUGACGUUGAUGCCAUUCUCCGAAGUGGAAUUGAUCGAUUUGCUGACCAGCGAGGAAAACUUUGGGCUGGUCUGGCCACUUACUGGAUCACCAGAGGCAACUUCGAGAAGGCAAGAGACAUAUUCGAAGAAGGAAUCACCACGGUUAUGACGGUGCGUGAUUUUACGCUCAUUUUUGACUCGUAUGUCGAAUUCGAGGAGUCCAUCAUUGGCAGCUUAAUGGAGGCUGCAGCUGUCCGCUCAGAGAAGGGCAAACUAGACGAAGAAGCCGACUUUGAUCUUGACCUCCGUAUGCUGCGCUUCGAACAGUUGAUGGAUCGGCGACCGUUCCUGGUCAAUGACGUUUUAUUGCGACAAAACCCGCACAAUGUCAUUGAAUGGGAGAAGAGAGUGGCCCUAUGGGGUGACAACAAGCAGGAAGCUGUCAACACCUACACAGCCGCUAUUGCGGCCAUCAAUCCCAAGAAAGCCCAUGGGAAAUUCUCUGAGCUUUGGGUCAACUAUGCCAAACUUUAUGAGAACGGCGAGGAUCUGGGGACUGCAAGAGUUAUUUUCGACAAGGCCGUCAAGGUUCCUUUCAAGUCUGUUGCUGAGCUCGCUGAGACGUGGUGCGAAUGGGCGGAGAUGGAGCUUCGCUCGGAGAAUUUCGACAGGGCUGUUGAAAUCAUGGCCAAGGCGACACAAGCACCUAAGAAGUCCAGCGUGGACUAUUUCGACGAGAAUCUGUCCCCGCAACAGCGGGUGCACAAGAGCUGGAAACUGUGGAGUUUCUACGUAGAUCUCGUCGAGAGUGUGUCUUCAUUGGAUGAGACCAGGAGGGUCUACGAACGGAUUUUCGAAUUGCGCAUUGCGACACCUCAAACGGUGGUGAACUUUGCAAAUCUUCUGGAAGAAAACGAUUAUUUCGAAGAUUCUUUCAAGGUAUACGAGCGUGGCUUGGACCUCUUCAGCUAUCCAGUGGCUUUUGAGCUUUGGAACAUGUAUCUGACCAAGGCCGUUGAUCGCAAGAUCGGCAUUGAGCGACUCCGAGAUCUCUUUGAACAAGCUUUGGAUGGAUGCCCGCCCAAGUUUGCCAAGCCAUUGUAUUUGAUGUAUGGAAACUUGGAAGAGGAGCGAGGUCUUGCCCGACAUGCGAUGCGAAUCUAUGAGCGUGCGACUCGCGAGGUCUCCGACGAGGACAGGUUCGAGAUGUUUGAGUUCUACAUCACCAAGUCCGCCUCGAACUUCGGUCUCACCUCCACAAGACCGAUCUAUGAGCGGGCCGUUGCGGCUCUGCCAGACCAAGAAGCCAAGGAGAUGUGUCUCAAGUUCGCUGAGAUGGAACGCCGACUGGGUGAGAUCGACCGGGCGCGUGCGAUCUAUGGCCAUGCGUCACAAUUCUGCGAUCCUCGAACCAACGCCCCCUUCUGGCAAAAGUGGGAGGCAUUCGAAGUUCAACACGGAAACGAGGACACGUUCAAGGAGAUGCUGCGCAUCAAGAGAAGCGUCCAGGCUCAAUACAACACCGACGUCAAUUUCAUCGCUUCCCAAGCCAUUGCUCGCAGCCAGCAACGCAUCCAGGACGGCGAACAAGGCGAAGGCGAAGAUACCGUCCGUGCCGAUGCCAUGGCUGCCCUGGAACGCGAGGCUCGGGCGCCAGUGGGCUUUGUUGCAGCCAGCACUGGUCCCGAGGGCGGCAAUCGCCCUCUCCCUGCAGGCCAAGAACCACCUGCAGCACCGGCCAACCCGGAUGCUAUCGACCUCGACGACGAUAUGGACGACUAG